CAAAAGACUUCAUUCAUUAGACUAAAACAAAAUAAGGGUCAUCGUAAAACUUCCAGAAUGAGCUAAUUUUUAAAAUACACGAGUGCAACAAAGCCUCUGCGAGGUGAGCUUAAAUCGCUUAUGGACUGCCAUUUGAAAGAAUAAAUUUAGCAAGAUGAGGCGAGCAGUAGGAAAACCAUCACCAGGAGAGUAAAGAGUAAACAUGGCGUCCCACGAGCAAGAGAUAUCACAGGCUAUAACUCGCAUAGCCCUGGCUGGAGAUGGCGCUGUACUGGGGCUGGGUCUCGCAGUCAUCGCCAUUAGAACAUGGCUCAAGUACAAUUCAAAUUCAAAGGCUCUUGCCAAAGUACAGGCGACACCCGUCUCGCGCAUUAGAGACUUGAGGAUGCUUUUGUCUGACGACAAGGGAACAGAGCAGUUGGUUAUGGUGAGAGGGGAGGUUCAGCCCACGGCUUUCGCAGAGGCAACUCACGGCGAGGGCGUGCUGACAACCCCUAAUUCUGGAGACGAGGCCGUCAUUUUCUUGAAAUCGCAGACGUGCUUGUAUAAUGAAUGGAGAGGCCUAUUUGGAUGGAGCUCAGAUUUGCGAUCACUUUUUGGAGGUUCUCUUAAGGAACAAGUCACACUUUCUAUGAGAAAGGUUCCAUUUGUUUUAAUUGAAAGUGAAGGUCUGCAAAAGUUUAGCCAUGUCCAUAUUAACUUGGACAAUUCAAGGCAUCCACUGCCGCUUACAACUGUUUAUCAUAAUCUUCAACCAGUAGAUGCAACUCCAUAUACAGUUUUUCAAGCCAUUUUUGGUCGUGGGUAUCCGGUUGGUCUUUUGGAUGAAGAAAAGAUUCUUGCACCUGGCAAACAGAUCACUGCAAUUGGCCAUUUACACAAAACCCAGAAUGGGCAACCUGGUAUCAAGUCAUGCAAGUCACUACCACAUUUCUUGACUUAUCUCACAAAGGAUCAACUGGUGGAAGAGCUAGCCAUUGGGAAGGCAGUUCUAUUUUGGAGUGGCAUUGUUAUUAGUACUGUAGCAAUUGGAGUUCUAACUUACGCUGCUUUCAGGAAUUGGCGCAGAUUUAUAGAGUACUGGAAACGUCGGAGGCAGGCUCAGCUACCAACAGUGGAACCAAAUAUCUCAAAUGGAGUCGAUGAUGAAUCCGGUGAGCUUCCAGAUGGAGAAUUAUGUGUUGUUUGUUUGAUGAGAAGGCGGAGAUGUGCUUUUAUUCCUUGUGGUCAUCUUGUUUGCUGUUCAAGGUGUGCUCAGCUAGUGCAGCGUGAUUCCGAUCCAAAGUGUCCUGUAUGCAGACAGUCUGUACAUAAUUCAGUGAGGAUAUAUGAUUCUUGAAACAUGCUUUUUUUCUGGUUAAAUGUGUCAGGUGUAGCUAGCAUCCGUUGAUCAAAGUAAAUGCAAAUUUCGUCUAUGAUUAUUUCAUUGCAUACCAUUGGGCUUAACAAUUCCAUGUCUCCACACACUUCUGCAAAUGCAAUCACGCAACACUAAAUUUUACCCAGAUGCAAGGUUGUCUUUUUAGAAUUCGUGCUGCAGCAGGCAAGCUCUUCUUCCUUAAGAGUUGACAGGAUGAACUAUGUUCUAUUGUAUAUUCAUUUGGUAACUGUGACAUGUAUGUGCUAUAUUUACUGAUAUUUCUUUGGCAAGGUGAAUAAAAAAUAUACUCGAGGAUGCACUUCGAAAUUUUAAA